AUGGGAAUCGUUAAACCAGCUAUUCCACUUUCGGUUUUAUGGGGAGUAACAACUCUCACCACGUUUUAUUAUACCACUUCUACUCAUGAUAUUACACAUGAAAUAUAUUUGAUUUCUAGUUUAUUAAUGUUUAUCUUAGAAUUUGCUGCUCCACGUUCAUCGUCGAAAGUUCAGCAUCUCACUGAUUUAAAACAAAGUAACGAAAAACCUGAAGUAGAUGUUAACCACGAGAAAGAGAAAGUGGGAGAGCAUGAAAAAAAGACCGAGCAUGUGGAAUAA